AUGGCGCACGAUUCGGGCCGCGGGUCGACUAUCGGGUGUUCUCCGGCGAUUGCAGGUCCGACACUACACCCGACGACGAACAGUGAAGCAACCGAUGUCGAUAUGGAAAAGCGGCUGCUCAUGAGGGACGCGAUGUGGGCGACUAUUGUCAAGUCUCGGCGCACGUGUGCGACUAUUGUCAAGCUUCAGAGCACAGAAAGUCAGAAACAAGUAUCUGAUAAGGCAUAUUGCACAUACGAUGCCUAUGUGAGCUAUUUUAUUGCUCAAUUCUUUUUGCUAUUGCAAGAGAUGAGGAGACAGAGGAGGGAUGACUUCGGGAGUGGUGAGGUCAACGGCAUCGAAGAGUGCAACUUGGACUUAAGAUUGGCACAGCAGCCUUGGGACAGGCUAUUGAUUUAG